AUUUUUCUGGCAAGAAUUUAGAUUUUUUUGUUUGAAACAAUCAUUUAUUGGCCGUAAUCAAUGAUUUUAGAGAUGAGGGGGGUCUAUCAUUGUUAUUGUUGUAAACGACACUAUUCCAAAAACAAGAAAUAUUUAUGAUUUUUGUGUAACAUCGACAUGGCUAGCACAACAAAGUGGUUUGUGUGGGCCUCUGCCCUUUCCCUGGUGGAAAUAGGACUUUUAUUCUCCCAAAGUGAAGUGAGAAGAAUAGGUUACGCAUCCCAGUUUUACUUAGCAGUUGUAUGUUUUGUUGUAUACAGCUCAAGUUGUGUGGUGGAACAGGUUUCGACCGAAAUGUACGACCUCGGAUAUUUCAAAACAAGUCCAAAAGUGUGCUGGUUGGCUAGGCUUGCCCUGGCAGUAGUGACUAUGUUUCUUGCCCCAAUGUGUAUUGUAGUCAUCGGAGUUAACCGCCACAUAGUUGGCAUCAAUCCAAGUUUUUUUACGAUGCUCUUUUACAUUUGUUUUGGUUUCACGUUCCAUUUGUUAACAAUCACGUGGACUAUGAACAGUCUUGCAAGGGUGAUACGUUUCAUUUAUCGCUGCCUCAUACAAGAGAAGGGACCACUCAUUGAACAAACUGUUCGAUCUCAACAUAACUUUGCUCAACUGAAAGCCCUCCUUGGUUUCAUCUACGCCUUUUUCAUAUCUUUUUACGGAGUGUACUACGCAUUUCAACCGCCUAUUAUUAGAAAAGUUCACAUUCCCAUUGAGAAUCUUUCGAAGUCAUUUGACGGGUUCAGAAUCGUUCAACUAUGUGAUAUUCAUCUGGGACCGACAGUCGGAAAGGAACAGUUGGAAGAAGUUAUAGAUGCCGUCCAAAAGCUUCACCCAGAUUUGAUUGUCAUCACCGGAGAUUUGGUGGACGGCCAUGUCCAAGAUCUUAUGGAUGCUGUUGAACCAGCUAAACAUUUACAAGCACCAUAUGGAAAGUUUUUUGUUUCUGGUAACCAUGAAUACCUCACAAGGGAUGUGGAUAACUGGUUUAGACACCUCCGAACACUAGGUUUUGGUAUCCUCCACAAUGACAACACAAAGAUCAAGAAACCUGACUCGUCUGAUGAGUUUUGUUUGGCUGGGGUGGAUGACCAUGAUGCCACAAAGUUCAGUUACAAAGGCCAUGGCAUGGACCUGGACAAAGCAGUUUCAACCUGUGACCCAAAAUACCCAAUCAUACUUCUUGCCCAUCAACCAAAUGCAGCUAAAAUGGCUCUGGAAUCAAAGCAUGAUAUUAAACUUGUUUUAUCUGGCCAUACACACGGUGGUCAGAUGUUCCCUGGCAGUAUUCUCGUCUACUUAGUCAACACCUAUUACGCAGGAUUAUACAAAGUCGGCAAAAGCAAUUACGUUUAUGUUUCCGAGGGCGCCAUCUAUUGGGGAAUUCCAAUGAGAAUCCUGUCGACAAAGGAGAUCACAGAAAUUGUUUUGCAGGCGUCGUGAGGUUGAAAGAAUCUAGCUUCCGAUGAAGCAGAGGUUAAGGGAGAUGUUCUUGAUAACUAUCAGUAUGAAAAUAUGGGAACAGGCGGCACUGUGUACAGUUCCUUAAAGCAUAGAUACUUUUAAAUAGACCUCCAGACGCGUUUCGCCUCAUUUAUUUUGCAUCGCAUAGGCUCGUCAGUGGGGUUACGAUGUGAAUUGUCAGAUGGUUUUUGUCAAGUGACAGGUCUGACGUCGCUGGCUACUGUGCUUGUUGUGGCGACGUUACGUUGGUUGUGACGCAUUGCUACACUGUUGAUAACUCCGGCGUCACGAAGCUGGCCUCGGGUGUACACAGUGCCGCCUGUUCCCAUAUUUUCAUACCUAGAUAAGUAUCAGUGCCAGUGUUCAGUCGGGCAAGGAUCGCUGAUGGCCCGAUUGUGGCGGGGUUUAGCUAUUGCCCAGCAAUCAGCCUGUGUCGGCCUCCACUCGCCAUUUACAACGCAGACGCAGUUUGAUCAAUAGGGACUCCUCAGUCCAGUUGUGUCUGCAGAUGGCCAAAUAUAAAAUACAUUUUUGCUCCUAUCAACAAUAUAGGCCCACAGCAUUUUACAUGCAUGAGUUGAGGGUGCCUUGCCAGUAUUAGCUCUUCACUCGGCUCUCUGUUUCCUCCAGUCUAUUAUCCAGUAUCGUUUACAGAGUUUCUGAAAUCAAAGUUGAUGCUCAGCUCUAAUCUCAAUAUUUUUAUAGCAAGAAAUCAAAGGGGGCAUUUUAGACUUUCGGCAUGUUCAAAAUUCAGGCCCGUAUUGUGUAUCCGUAUUGUUACUUUACAUAUGGUGUUUUCACAUCCUGCACAUUCCCGAUGCGUGAUAAGCGAUAGGGACACUGAUUUACAUGUAAAUGAUCCAUCAUUGUAAAGUUACUUGGAAGAACCAUUUUCAUUUCACCUAUCAAAAGUGUGCCGGAUAUGAAAAUGUCUUACGUUAUAUCGAUAGAGACACGUAACACGGGCAAGAAUUUUGAACUUGCUGAAAGUCCCUAUUAUGGUUUUGGUUUGGUAUGCUUUUUGAUGAAAUCGUUUCGUCGAGCUUUUACUUGUAGUGCUGGCCCAAUGACAUUUGGACAAAAUAAUAAAUUUCAUCCCAACCUUUGCUAGAUUAGAAGGAUGAAGGUGCUUUCAAUCUAGGCUGUGGCUAUUUGUACAGCACCAUAGUUAUGUUGUUUUUCCAUUGAUUCACCUGCUCAGACUCAUUGCUUUUGUAGUAUGUUGAAACCGUUUACUUGGCAUAUUAAAUGUAUAGGCUUUCAGUUUCCAAUGCAGUGGAACCUCCCUUAGCGGACACCUCUCUAUUAAGGACACCCUCUCAAGUAAAACUAAAAGACGCUGCAUCUGGUUCCAAAUGGGUCAUUUCCAUUGAAAGUUACCUUUGUAAUCACGACAUCUCUUAAUCGAGGGCAGUUUUUGUCAGUCCAAAGGGUGGCCUUAAUAGAGAGGUUCUAAUGUCCUUAUUUACUUAGUCCUUCAUGCCUAGUAGACACAUUCAGGCUUCAAUCGUCAUUUUCCACCAAAGAUAUAUAAGCGACCCUUAUAUAUUUUUGGUAUUUUUCAACCUGUUGGUGAAUUGCUCAAAAUGUCAAGCUUAAGUUCGUCAAAUUAUUUUAUCUCUGGUGUCUAUGGUGUUAAUGUAUUAAUGGCACGUUAGCUUUAAUCUUUGCUUGGUGCGAAUUGGCGAUUUACAGGAAUAAUCAAAAAAUAUAUAACCUGUAUAUCCCAAAUAAGUUUUCUUUGAUACUUUUUUGUAAUAGUAGUUUUGAGUCGAAUAUCGGGGAAAAAGCAUUCAAAACAAUUGUUGUUACUAACGCUGGUGUCGAUUUUUGUUGCUGUUAAAGGGGUUUUGUUGUCUUACGUCUUGUUGUCACCACUAUGGUGGUGUCAUGGUAGUCUUGUUGUCACCACUAUGGUGGUGUCAUGGUAGUCUUGUUGUCACCACUAUGGUGGUGUCAUGGUAGUCUUGUUGUCACCGCUACGGUGGUGUCAUGGUAGUCUUGUUGUCACCACUACGGUGGUGUCAUGGUAGUCUUGUUGUCACCACUAUGGUGGUGUCAUGGUAGUCUUGUUGUCACCACUACGGUGGUGUCAUGGUAGUCUUGUUGUCACCACUAUGGUGGUGUCAUGGUAGUCUUGUUGUCACCACUAUGGUGGUGUCAUGAUAGUUAACUUUUAACUAUGGUGGUGCCAUGGUAGUUAACUUUUAACUAUGGUGGUGUCAUGGUAGUUAACUUUUAACUAUGGUGUUGUCAUGGUCGUUAACUUUUAACUAUGGUGGUGCCAUGGUAGUUAACUUUUAACUAUGGUGGUGUCAUGGUAGUUAACUUUUAACUAUGGUGGUGUCAUGGUAGUUAACUUUUAACUAUGGUGGUGUCAUGGUAGUUAACUUUUAACUACCAUGACACCACCACAGUGGUGACAAUAAAAGGAGUUAAGUUUAAAUGUUUUAUCAAGUAUGGCUACUUGGGUUUAUGUGUGAGGUUAUUGGCAGCUGUUUUACAAAUAUAAUUGUAUUGGUUACUUAACGCAUGUCACUGAUAUUGAUAUGAUCAAGAAUUGAUAAAGACUAGCCGUUAUUAAUUAAUAAAGACUAGUCUUUAUUAAUUAAUAAAGACUAGUCUUUAAUAAA